AUGGAACGAAAGAAUUCCGAGGCUGGCCCUUCAAAUGCUAGUACCAGUACUCCUUCAAAAGCACGCAGUGCAUCAUUUCCCAUACACAAUUCACCUCGAGUUUGGUUCUUAACAUCUGCGCUAUCCCCAUUAUCUGUCAGAUUGAUAAGGCUUCUUCUCAAACAUGGUGACUAUAUAGCUGCUGGUCUACCGCCAGACGAAAUAGAAGACGAUGAACGAAGUGCAGAAUUCAGGGAACUCAUCAACGACUGUAACAGUGGAUCAAAGCAAUGUGAGGGUUGGAAGGACAGAAUUCGUGGAAUCAAGGCCAAAUCGCAGUGCGGAGCAGCUAUUGCUGAAGCUAUCCAAGUAUUUGGUCGUAUAGAUAUUUUGAUGUGCUGCACAUCUGAAGCUGUUGUCGGGACCGUCGAGGAGCUUUCAACUUGUUCAGCGACGCAAAGUCUCGUUCGUGAUCAAUUCGAAACCAUCUACUUCAGCCAAAUCAACUUUAUCAAAUCUGCCUUACCACAUCUUCGAAAAAAACGCGAUGGUCAUAUCAUCGUUCUUACUGGAAUCACAGGUCACAUAGGGACACCUGGAAUGUCCAUGUACUGUGCUGCGACCUGGGCUCUGGAAGGAUUUUGUGAUUCUCUAACUUAUGAGAUUGCUCCAUUCAAUGUCAAGUUGACGAUUGUUCAACCAAAUAAAGAGAUUUCAGUUCUGACAAACAAGAUUACUUUCGCCCCACAGUUACCACAAUAUGAAAGUCAAAACAAUCCGGCUCCAGGAUUGAGGGAUAUCUUGACGAAUGUACUAAACACGCAUCCAGAUACUCUGAUUGACCCACAACCCGAUGGAUCUUCAAAGAGUACCAUUGAGUCGAGGUUCCCUAUUCUGCCCAGUGAAGCAAGAGACAAGUUAGUUAUGGAAACUGUUCAUGCUUUGACCGCAAUUGGAGGUCACGAAAAUCCUCCAGCAAGACAUAUUGUAGGUUAUGAAGGUAUAGCAUCUGUUAAAGAAAAGCUUAAUACAGUUAGUGAAGAGAUGGAAGAUUUUGUGGAAGUUAGUUGUGCAGUCGAUAUUUUCACCAAAAGUAAAGUUAGCCAGGCAGCUUUAGCAAUGUCCCGGUGUCAUGACACUGGAAAUCUUGAGAGCAGGGACUCGAACAAUGAAGGUAAGAAUAUCACAAAUCAAGAGGAAUCGGCAGGAAAUCAAGAACUACAUAAGGAGGAAAUGAAGGGGAGACUAUCGCUGGAAAAUACUAAUCAAUUCUUUUAG